AAAAGAAGCCUAGAAUGAAAACACAAGUCCACAAUCGCUGCUGGCUUUUACUGUAAAACGUGGGAUCACAAAAACCUACCAAAAAAAAAAAAAGUGCUGCAUUUAAACUUAAACUACAACAGAACCUAGAUCCAGCACUGGAAAUAACAUCAUGAUGGAGAAGUUGGAGCCCACAGUCUCACCGUGCCAUACUCUUUCAGUGACUGACCCUCUGACCCCUCCACACACUCUUUCUCCAUGCGACAACAGCCCUGCAGCCAAUGAUUCUAACUGCACCGACAGUGGCACAAACACAAACCCCAGCACCCCGGCUACGUCUCAACCUGCUGAGACAACCAACUCAGAAGAAAAACCAACAUCCGUUCAGGUCACACCACCACCAUCAAUAGCAUUACCAGCUUCCACUCAGACAAGCACUAACCCGACUACAUCUACAUGUACCGUAAUUCUCACCUCUCCUCUGUCUUCACCUACGACCUCAUUACCACCCAACAUCCCAGUGAUCAGUCUGGCUCACAGUAAACCUCCUCUUCCACCAAUCCCAUUGCCUGCCACCCAGCUCACCGCUCUGCACCCUAUACCCACUAUACCACAUGGGCCUGGAGAAUUAAGACUGGCCCAGCUAGCAUCACUCUCAGGAGGCCCAACAGCCACAGCGCCCCCACCUGGAGCUCUACUUUCACAUCAGUAUCUGCCUGGACACCCACUACUCAGUAGUUCUUUCCUAAGUCCUACUGGUAAUUAUGGGUUCUUCAGCAGCAGUCGUGUUAAGAGAAGACCAUCAUCACACUUUGAUUUGGAUCUCACAGACUGUCCUCCACAAAAGCUGGCCAGACGAGUCUUUACCAACAGUCGUGAACGCUGGCGUCAGCAGAACGUCAAUGGUGCAUUCUCAGAGCUCAGAAAGCUCAUCCCCACUCACCCGCCUGACAAAAAACUAAGCAAGAAUGAGAUCCUGCGGCUUGCCAUGAAAUACAUCAACUUUCUGGUAAAGCUGUUGAAAGACCAGGCUAACGACGCUGCCACUUGCAGCUUAAUGGACAAAUCUGAGAGGGACAAGUGUGAGACAAAGGGCACAAAAGACAAAAGUAAUGCAGACAGAGACUGUAGUCAAGUCCUGCACGUGGUAUGCCCUUCAGAUGCCACAUCUCCAUCUCAGAUUGCACCCUCACUUCCUUCGGUUCAUCCAGCGUUGGUCACUCUGCGGAAUAGAGACUCGUCUGAUUCGGUCAUUGCUUUGACCGCUUCGCCUGGCUCCAGCUGCUACGGUGAUACAGACAGUGAAGAAACUUUGGGCCCACAGCAUUCUGGAAUAAUAAAGAUAGGCGUCCGAGAGGGGAUGAUGGAGAAGAUGAAGGAGCAGAUUCAGACUGUUAUGGCAAGUGGAUACCAGCGGUGACAUUGUAGUACAAACUAAACUGGUCAAAACUAUGAUCUAAGAAGCUAUGAAAAGCAACUGAUGUGUGUGUGUGCAUUUCUGGUUGAAUUGUGCUGAUUGUGAUGUUUAAAUUUAGACGCUCAAACAUUUUGUUAUUUGUCUUUCUGCAUCCAGUUGAUAUUUUUGUCCCUGUUUGUUUGGGCUUUAUUUCUACUGACUCCAACAAUUCCACAUGUGAUUUUGUGGCACUUUUACUUCCCCAUUGAAGCUGAGGAAAAGGUUGUGUUCCGUAUUUUUUUAACUUGGUGCUAGUCUGUAUAAAAGCAAGCAUAAAUAAAUAGAAAGUGUGUCUUGCAUUGCAGGGCCAUGAUCUCUAGCAAUAUCAAAUCACAGGGUAACGUCUUUGAAAAAGUUUUCUGUAAAUUAAUAAACUCAGUGUGAUCAAACCUCUAAA